UAGGCUAUUGGAGGACAGGCACAAGUGUUACACAAAAGCAUAUCCCUGUAGAUCUGGAAAAGGUCGGGCCCCGGACUGGAAGCCUGGACUGAGAAUCUCUAUAUCGCUUCUCUUUCGCACACUCUAACCCUAAGAAAGGUGCUCAUGUCACUCAAGAAGCACUGGCCAAUCAAAGCCUUCGGGCGUGCCAGUCAGAAGAGGAGGCGGGUUCUUCUGCGAGCCAAGCGGCGGGUUCCUCUUUGUAGCUGAGAAGGCUUGAAUGGUCCUCUGUUCUGACGCUGGAUGCUGUGAAUCGCGCUCUGUCAAGCUUUAAAGUUGCGGCAUGGAUGCACUGACUUAUGAUGAUGUGUAUGUGAACUUCACUGGAGAAGAAUGGGCUUUGCUGAAUCCUUCACAGAAGAGUCUCUACAAAGAUGUGAUACUGGACACCUACAGGAACCUCACUGCUAUAGGUUAUAAUUGGAAAGACCAUAAUAUUGAAGAACAUUGUCAAAGUUGCAGAAGACAUGGAAGGUAAUUUUCAUGUGCAAGUUGCUAUGAAUAUGCCUUUGAAGAAAUGUUAAUGUGUCCUGGAACUUUUAAAGAAAAGCAAAAGUGUAAAAAAAAAAAAGCACUUCUUUAAGUGUAUCGAUUAGUAUUAAAUUCUAACAAAUCUAUGUACCUCAAUGUCAGGUGUCUGAAUUGUGUUUGCAAGGCAUUCCUUUAUGAAAGAAGACAAGGAAACAAUGCCUUAUCACAUAUUACCAUUUGAAUCAUAGCCACAUUACAGCUACUCUGUAGAAAUGCCCAUCUAUUUAGUCUCACUUCAGUCAUACAUUGCAAAAGAUAUAUAUCUAUAUCUUAUAUAUCUAUAUAUUAUAAGUAUAUGUUUUUAAUAAGCACAUAUUAUAUAGUAAAACUGAUUUCUCAUAUAGUAACAUUGCUAAGUUUAAGUGAGAGGGACAGUUUAUGGGAGUCAAGAGUGUUGUUGGGGAGAAACUUUAAUCCCUAUACUAUAUGUCUUUGAUGAACAAAACACAAACUGUGUGAAUGCAAUGUGGAAAUCUUUCAUUUCUUAUUCUUUUAAUAGGUAUAUCAUGUGUCACAAUGUGACAAACCAUGUGAGCAUAGGUAUAUUGAAAUAAGCAAUGUACCUUUCUCUCUCCCAGAACAAUUGAAAUGUAUGUAGUAGUCCACACUUGAGCAAACUUUCUCAGUGUGAUACAAGUUUACAAUUAGUUUUCCAACUUCAGUGGGAAUAUAUCCAUAAACUCACACUGGAGAAAAUCCCUGUGAGUACUAGGAUUAUGGAAAUUCUUUUCUGUUUGUCCUGGUUUACUUUGCCAAUGUAGUGUGAAAAUGUAGUGUAUUUCACGAUAUAGGAACAUUUAUGUAUGUACUCAGUGUGGUAAAGCUCUGAGCUCUUCCAUUUCCCUUCAAAUUUGUGAAAAAUCUCAGAGAAAAAGGAUGCUACAAAUGAGAGCCAUGUAAUAACACUCUUACCAUUACAGGUAUGCAAAACAACCUAUAAUGAAGGCGAAACCAUGAAUGUAAACAAAGUGAUAAUUUUUUUUUGUUUUUGUUUUUGUUUUUCGAGACAGGGUUUCUCUGUAUAGCU